AUAAAAAUGUGUGAGGGGUAUAAAAUAUAAAUGUGAGAUUUCCUUGUUGGUGUGUGCUUAUAUAAAGGAGGAGAUAGGAUGUUGCAGUUUCCUACUAUUAUUAAAGAUACCUAUAGCUAAAAGGGUUUCAAGAGAAGAGAAAAAAGAAGAGCUAUAAGCUAUAGUUUCUAUAAUUGUUAUAUAUAUUAUUUUUGUGAGGGUUUUAUUUUUUAUAUAUGGAAGAACAUCUAACUCCAUUAGCUGUUACUCAUCUUCUUCAACACACUCUAAGAAGUUUAUGCAUCCAUGAAAAUUCUCAAUGGGUUUAUGCUGUUUUUUGGAGGAUCUUGCCUAGAAACUACCCUCCACCCAAAUGGGAAGGACAAGGGGCAUAUGAUAGAUCAAGAGGAAACAGAAGGAAUUGGAUAUUAGUUUGGGAAGAUGGAUUCUGCAAUUUUGCAGCAUCAGCAGCAGCACCUGAAAUAAAGUCUGGUGGUAGUAGUGAUUGUCCUAACUCAUCAUCAGUUUAUGGUAACUGUGAAUUAAUUCAACCUUACCAAGGUCUUCAACCUGAACUUUUCUUCAAGAUGUCACAUGAGAUCUAUAACUAUGGUGAAGGAUUGAUUGGAAAAGUAGCUGCAGAUCAUAGUCACAAGUGGAUAUACAAAGAACCUAAUGAUCAAGAAAUUAACUUCUUGUCAGCAUGGCAUAAUUCAGCUGAUUCACACCCUAGGACUUGGGAAGCUCAGUUCUUGUCUGGUAUAAAGACUAUAGCCCUCAUUGCUGUUAGAGAAGGUGUUGUUCAAUUAGGAGCUGUUCAUAAGGUGAUUGAAGACUUAAGCUAUGUGGUUCUAUUAAGAAAAAAGUUCAGCUACAUUGAAAGCAUACCAGGAGUACUACUACCACACCCAUCAUCAUCAGCAUACCCUUACAAACUAGAACCCUAUGGUAAUAUUCCAUCAGAACAAUGGCAUAAUUACCAAGGAAGUUAUCCACCACAACAACAAAGUGAUCAAUUAUAUGAUCAUUUCAAUAACAUGCCAAUGAAAGUAACACCAUCAAUGAGUAGUCUUGAAGCAUUACUCUCAAAGUUACCUUCAGUUGUUCCACCACAACAAUCACAACAACAACAUGUUUUAGCAUCACAAGAACAAAGAGCAUUGGAAUUUAUGGGAGGAAUGCAAAAAGUUGCAAAAGAAGAGUUAGAUGAAGAACAACAAGAAGAGGUAUAUAGACCUGAACAACUUGAUGUUGGUGAGAGUAGCACUAGUUCUAUGUCAAGGUAUCAACAUCAUCAUCAUUUCCAUCAAGAUCAUCAUCUUGGGAAUGGAUCAAACAAUAAUAAUGGAUUUUGAGUAGUAAUAAGUCCUAAUAAGUCCUAACAUUAUAUGGUAGUGAGAGUUAAUUAUUAAUUAGUUCUAAGUAUAUGAGUAUUAUUAUUAUGAUAGUAUAUUAAUAAUAAAUAAUAAUAAUAAUAAUUAGUAUGAUGAAUUUGAGGUUAUUGUUGGUAGUGUAUUUGUUCCAUGCAUGGAUGAGUGUGUAGAUUGUGUGAGUGUACGUAGUCAUUCAUAUACACUGCCAAUCUACCACAAUAUUGUACUUCAAUAUCUAAUGCUGAUGCUGCUUAAGGAUGUAAUGUAAUAUAAUAUAUAACAGCCAAUAAUUAUUAAUUUUUGUA